AUAAAUCCAGGAUAAACAAAACAAAACAAUGAAUGUGAAACAGCUGACUAUAACGUGUUGUAAAGCGCCGUAGUUCCGUGCAUUACGAUAGUUUAUAUUUUCAUUCAAAUUAUGCCAUCUCUUUCAUGCAGACUAGAUUGGUCUUAGAAUACGACCUGUAGUCAAGUCUCGAACCGUCGUCGUAGUCGUGACACGUCAAUCAGCUGGUUGGAAAGUAUAUAAAAAUUGUACUUGCAAAUCGACUGUCCAAUUCAAUAAAAAAUGCGGUGUGCUGUACGAAAUUGUGGAAAUAAUAACAGCAAUGAAAACAGAAAAAAGUGGCGAUACUUUCACUUUCCGAAAGAUAACCCUCAGCUUCAAAAAUGGAUCGAGUUUUGCGAGCGGGAUGCACUAAACACCUCAACAGCCUGCAUUUGCAACGAGCACUUCAAGUCGGACGAUUUCGAAAGGAAUAUGCAAUACGAGUUUGGGUUCAGUCGAAAGAAUCCAACUAAACUAAAGCCCGGCUCAUAUCCCACAGUUAAAGGCCCCCAAACGUUGCCAAAGGUACAGUCAUCCAAGAAAAAGAGGCGAGGCAGAACCAAAAAGGAAAACAGCUAUGAACAGCAAGAAUACGCCAAGAGUUUCAGUGGACUCCCAUUGUCCCCAUUUGAAGGUGUCAAAGAGAUCAUAGAAGUCGAGCCGUGUGGUUUUACCUCCGAUAUGGAAGAUCGGGAUGAGAUCUCGGCCACCCUGACAUCAAACCUGGGUGUGGAAAAUGCAGAGGACGAGCUCAUCAAAUGUGAGACAACUGAAGAACCAGACGGUCUGGAAGACCAAAUACAUUACAAACUAGAAAUAGUUGAUACAAGCACAAACUCCAUGGACGAUGUGGAGAUAAUCGAUGCAGAAGAAGCCACCUAUGUAAGGCAUUUGGAGCAUGAAGUGACCUCCCUGAGGCGUGAGGUGUUCUUUCUCAAAGACGAACGCAAGAAGCUACUCGAUGUAAUUCAAAAUCUUAAGGAAACUAUUCGCGGAAACCGUAUGCUGCGGAAGGAAUGAGCCGACUAGCUCCAGCACGUAUAGGAAUGAGUUAAAUAUAUGAUAAUUAUAAUAUAAAUAAUCUUAUAACAGAGCAGUACGAACUGCUAAGUCAAAGGGAAAACUCGACUGACUACAUGUACAAAACUAAAUUUAAGAAAUGACUCAUAAAUAUUAAAAAAAAAAAAGGAUUAACUAGUGUAUCAAGAGUUACUGCUCGUAUCAUAUAUUCAUUUUUAAAAGGAUGAUUCCUCGAAUGUUUUCCUGACAGCUAAUAAGUUAGUUGUUAAUUAUUAUAUUUUUGAAAUUCAGCGUAAUAUUAUAAUUUUGAAUAGAUUUAAGACAUUUUCCUUGCAAAACUAUGUAAAAGAUAAUAUUUUUAAGGACCAUAAACAAACAAAAAAUUCAUUGGAAAUUCUUUAUCGCCUACCUACUUCCCUUAUGUUUCCCUUACUAUCAACAGACUUGGGUUUCUUGAAAAUUACCAGUUCUGCUAUCUUUUCCAUGGAAUUGCGGUGCGGCAAUGGCAAUUUACCCAAGGUCAAAGUCAUUAGAAAGGCAAUAUCCUUUUUAAUAUUUAUCUCUACCUGCGGAUAUACGAGUACAAAUGUAUAAAAGCGCAUGUACGGCCUGCAAUCGACCUGCACUGCAAACGAUGAGUUCUAACCGUCAACAUCCAUCCUGGACCGACGCGAUGUCAGCUCCCGGCAAUAUCCCACGCCGAAACUCUGCAGAACCUGAGGUGCAGAUGACGAGGACUAGGACUAUCCAAGACAUCCUGGAAUCAACAUCUCCAGAACUUCAAAUCACUUGGCGCUUGCGGUGUCAGCCAACUAGCCAAAAUUAAAUAAUUGUAAAUUGUAGUCAACUUCAUAGUUCAAUUGUAUAUAGACUUAUCCAAUCAAUAUUCUAGCCAAUCUAAUCAAUUUUAGUUCAAUUGUACAUACAUACAACUAGCCAAUUGUUUAGCUCAAAUUUAUUUAGCAUAUCUGUUUGUGUAUAUUUUAAAUAUACGUGAUACUAU